UGCUUUGCAUCUGCUGUUCCUCUGCUCUCAUCAGCCUUCCUGGCAGUAAUCUCAUCAGCUUCCUGGCAGCAAUCUCAUCAGCAUUCCUGGCAGCAAUCUCAUCAGCAUUCCUGGCAGCAAUCUCUGGUUACUGAGGGGUGCUCUCACACCUGGAUGUCAUCAGAUUCUCAGCUCACAUGGCCCCCCUCAUUCACCAUUCUCCAGAACAUGGCUGCUCUCUCUCCUCUGUGUGAAAACUCCACCUCU